GCUUGGGAGGCAUUUCCACCGGGGCAGUUAUCCCAAGAAAGCACUUCAGUUCUUUUCUUUCUGAUUUGAUCCACCAUUACAGGAAGGAGAUCGAGGAAUCUGCAAGAGAACUAACAAUGUGGAAGUCCAUUUUGGGAGAAGAUGAAGAGCAGCAAGACAACUAUUUUGACGAUCAAGAAGGGCUCUGCGCUAUAUCUCCUCUUCAGAGAGUAUACGGAUUCGCUGCUUGUAUGGUCGCCGGAAUAGUCUGUAUGUUCUUGGCAUUUAUAGUUUUUGUCAAUCCCAUCAAGUUUGCUCUUUUGUUCACAUUUGGCAACCUGUUGGCCAUUGGAAGCACAGCCUUUCUGAUUGGACCUGGGCGGCAAAUAACUAUGAUGCUUGAUCCGGUUCGUGUCUAUGCGACAGCUGUUUAUGUAGGGUGUGUUGUCUUAGCCCUUAUAUGUGCACUUUGGAUCCACAGCAAAAUUCUAACAAUGCUUGCAAUCAUAUGUGAGGUCUGUGCCCUUAUCUGGUACAGUCUAAGUUAUAUCCCAUUUGCGCAUAAAAUGCUUUCAGAUGUGACAAUGCGUCUUUUUGACACCGAAAUCUAGAUACUCCAGCACGGAAGAAUUGUGAGUAUGUUGAUCCAAAGUAAAAUUCAUAUAGAUUUUUACUUGAAAAUGUUUUAUCUUUUUUUGGAAGCAAUUGUUGAGGCAUUCGAACUAGCUUUUCUCACUCUGCCACGUGCACACACACACACACUCUCUUUCAAUGGCAUGAAGCCUUUCUUUUGCUAGCUAGUGAUAAUAUGUUACCCCACUUCAUUUGUUUCUUGAAAGUUGGGAACUUCAGUUUGUUUGGUUUGUUGAAAGUGUUAUGAGUUUCGACUUGUGAUUGUAAUCUUUAGCUGAAAGAAAUGAAUGCAUCUUCUAAAGUACUACACCUU